AUGUCAAGGUCCCAGCCUGACUGCCUGCGAGACAGGUGCUCAGUGGCAGCGGGUGUUGGCCCUUUUUCAAGGCUUGCCGUCAAGAGCUUUUGUGCCAACACCAGUGCUUGUGAGAAAGGUGGGCAGUGGCAGCAGAAAUGGGUCUUUUUGUGCGCAAGGCCCUCAGCAAAAGUUUCGAUCGCGCGCCUUUGCUUGGCAGACAACAAGUCGGCAGAUCAAAGAACUUGUUCAGUCCUGACUUGGUCCCUGCAGCUGGCUGUGCAAGACCAGGAUGACUCAACUUUCUUUCUGAGCUCGUAG